AUGGUUUUGAUAAGUCGUUUCGUACCGUCACUCACAGCUCCAACCGUUGAGACCACUCUAGCUUUCGCGAACCUGAAUUUUGCUUUCAGUCUGGGAGGCUCCAAAGGAAUUUCUUGGUCUGGAAACUCCUGUCCCGCCAUUGUCGCGAAUCCGCCGAGAUUGGGCCUACGAAUAUCACCGCGAGGAAACUUUGGUGCUCUAUUUGCACAAGUUGUUCCUUCGAUCCCGAAGUUGGAGGAGGAAUAUGGGAAACGAGUGUCCGAGAUUGCGGGCUCGUCUGACAUUAACCCGCAAGGCCUGCGAAGUGACGGUAUUUUCGCGGAUUAUAUUGGAGCGGAUGGAACACCGAUAUGGGCGACCGCCACGUCUGGGAGUCCUACCAUAUCGGUUCAUUUGUUGGCAUGCAUGCUCGCCCGAGUAUGGUCUGCGCCAGAAGCAAUUUCGAUCUGGUCAGAGUUAGUUGCCGAACGCAAGAGGGCGCUCGGGACGGUGAACCACGCCGAACCACUCGGGUAUGGCGAUCUUUUGGCGUCACACGUUCAAAUGUCGCGGGAACAGCUUGCAGAAUGGGAAAAUAGAGCGCGUGUAUGGUUGCGGCGUGCCGACCAAGCUAAGAAGAUUGAGCAAACACAAGUGAAAUUAAUUCUCGAUAAUAUAACCGUCUGUGUCAAUGCAAGGUCUACUACUACCUAUGCAAGCACAAUCGAUGCCUGGAGAUUCUGCUUUGGUGGGAAUGGACCGUCUGGUAAAUGGGGAAUCUCAAAAUGCCAAUCAAUGAUGGAGGACUCCUGCUCGCUCUCUCUAGUUGGCAUUUGUAUCCUGAUAUUGCUGCUUUCGGUGACAAAUUCGUUUCCCAACACGUUUACAUUUUCCCCAAAGACCUUGCCAUUAGCACCCAUGAAGUAUGUUCUUUCCUCAACCGCCGUGUCUAUUCUUGCAUCGUGCCAAUAUUUUAACAGAACGCCAUCUCGCAGAUAUUAUGGCGAUCCAGUACAAGCUCAUGUAACCCUUAGUGAAGCUGCAACGCGUGUGACUAUGGACGAGUUCGGCGAGUUCGACGUCCUCGUCCUAGGCACGAUCAUUUCAGGAUGGGGCGCCGGUGGACGCAAUUCCGUAGAAGCAGUGAGGAUGGUUAUUACUCUUCAUAAGGUUGUUCAAGCCCAGCGGUACCCGAAAUGGCUAGAUAUCGUUGCAUCGGCAGCCUGUAUGUUGGUAGAAGCAAAGGGCGUCGAACGCGCCGUACUUCUGAAACUAAUCAAUCUCGCGCGGCGGAGGGGUUCGAGUUUUUUAUGCGAUCCUAAUUCGCACCCGAAUCCUCUCUUUUCUCUUGUACAGUUCGAAGUCUUCCUGCCGCUACUAAUGGACGAUGAAGAUAGGAUUGAUAUUCUAAGGGAAUAUGCUCCCGCUUUCUUCCCGGAGGCUCGAGCAGACGAGGGAAUAAUUAGGUACCGAUUCAAAGGUUUUCUCAAUCAACAACAACAAGAAGAAGAGGAAGAAGAGGGCGGAGGAGAGCGGGAAGAAGGAGAGAAGACCAAACUAUCGUUGCCUCUCACCAUAAAAUGCGGGCAGGUACCUCAGAAAACCCACCAUCGCUGGGUCGAUGAGAGGUUACAAGCGAAUAUAUUCCGUGACUCGCGUAUUACCAAUGACAAGUACAAUCAGACGGAUUUAGUGCUGCUCUCCAUGAGCGCCAACAGGAGACAGCGGGUUGGCCGGAAUACUUCUCCAGGCGAUAAUGGGAAUGAUUCGGCGCCCAAGACGCUCACCUACCAUCAUUUCGUCGGCGAUCCCAACUCAGCUUCUCUUUUUGUUAUUUCUAACCUUUACGAAGCGUACAAGCAGGCAUCAAGCGGCCCAUUGUGGUCCCGGAAACCUAAUUUGCUCCGUUUCGAUGACAUUAGCCGGAUCCUUGAACGAGGGAGAGUGGACCGCAAAAAGCUUGCGCAACAGCUUUAUCCCGCCAAAAUCAAUUACCAACUUGACUCGCCAAAGGUGGUCAUAGGGACAAUUGUGGAAAAGAACCAGCGCGCUAAAAAUUAUGAUGACUAUUUUACUUCGUUGAAAUGCGGUCGUGGAAGUUAA